AUGCAUUGGAUUACUGUAUUCAUUUUAGUUGUCACAUAUUUGAAAUGUGUUCAAUCUGGAGUAGAUAAUCGAAAUGUCUUCUCGAAAAAAUGCAUUACACUGGGUGUGAAAUUUUAUACGGCGACUGAAUUGGAAGGGAUUUUCAAAUGCUGUGAAGAUCAAUUUUAUAAAACUCCAACAAAUGCAACUGCAAUUCAACAAGCUGCUAAAAGUUGUAUCAUCAAUAAUUCUGGAAAUAAAGCAACUACUGCACUUGUUCUUUAUAACAACAGUAAGUGAAUAAGACUCAAUAUCACAAUCACAAUAAUUAUUUCAGUCAACAAUUGCCUUGAUCCUGAAUCCCUUGAUGAUUUAUCAGCAAAAUUAAAAGAUCCAUCAAUUGCUCUCGCUAAACCACUUCUCAAAAAAAUAGUAAACACUGUGAAAAAUUGCAAAGCUAACACAACAAUUCCGGCUGCAUCUCGUCAAGAAGUUUGUAUGCAAAAAGGAUACGGAAUUCUCAAGGCUGCAAUUACUGUCAAAUAUACCAAUACUUUCUGUACAAAAUUGGUGAAACAAAAUAUGAACAAACAAGAAUGGGGAUGUGCUCAAAAAUAUGCACCACAAGCUGUUAAUGUGACUGGAUACAGUUGUGCCAGUGUUGUCAUUUCAUAA